UGAAGGCCGCCCGGGCGCGGGAGCCAGCGCCAGCUUGGAGCGGGCGCUGGAGGCAGCUCGAGGCGCGAUGUCGGUGCCGCUGCUCAAGAUCGGGGUCGUGCUGAGCACCAUGGCCAUGAUCACCAACUGGAUGUCCCAGACGCUGCCCUCGCUGGUGGGCCUCAACACCACCAAGCUCUCGGCGGCCGGCGGCGGGACGCUGGACCGCAGCACCGGCGUGCUGCCCACCAACCCUGAGGAGAGCUGGCAGGUGUACAGCUCUGCCCAGGACAGCGAGGGCAGGUGUAUCUGCACAGUGGUCGCCCCACAGCAGACCAUGUGUUCACGGGAUGCCCGCACAAAACAGCUGAGGCAGCUACUGGAGAAGGUGCAGAACAUGUCUCAAUCCAUAGAGGUCUUGGACAGGCGGACCCAGAGAGACUUGCAGUACGUGGAGAAGAUGGAGAACCAAAUGAAAGGACUGGAGUCCAAGUUCAAACAGGUGGAGGAGAGUCAUAAGCAACACCUGGCCAGGCAGUUUAAG